AGCCGCUACCCUGAGGUAAGUUUAGAAAUUAAUUUGUCACACACGUCCAUCUACUCUUUAGUCAUUCUCUGAUGAACUACAAAGGCGAUUCAUGACUCAACUCAGCAACACAGCGUCUACAUUUGCAACUCGACGGAAAAUGUGGCAUAUCAAGGUCCUCAGUGUCAUUUAUUUCACUGCUAUUUGUGCAGCUGAGGAUCCCCAGGCUGUCACUUCCAUGUUCACAGAUGUUUCUCCAUACACUUCUUUACCAACAUCGAUGGAGAGUCCAAUUGUUUAUGAGCUUCCCAUACCAUCUCUGCGGCUACAGUCGGUAUGGCUGGAUGUGUUCCCCUCUGAGAAAGUGGAAUUGAAUUGUAGUAUCAGUGGCAGCUCUGACUGGACCAUCACCUGGCACAGAAAUAAAGAUCAAGUACAAGAUGGAGAUCCAAAUUUGUAUAUCUCUCCAGAUAGAUCAAUGCUCAUAAUCACUGCAGCAACACAAAUGUAUUCUGGAAAUUAUCACUGUGAAGGUCGUCACAAAACAAAGGGCGUUGCUACUCAAAGUAGCAAAUCACUUGAAGUCAACGUUUAUGAAAAUAAGCCAAAGCCCACCGUGAGCCGAAGACCAAACUUUGACAAGAUGUUCCCAGGAGAGUCUGUCAUCUUCACCUGCAUGGUCAAUACGUCCUUUGGAUGGGAAUAUCUGUGGUACCAUGAUGGAAAUGAAAUUCAAGCACCUAAUACAGAUACUUAUACCAUAGAUUCUAUAGAGCACUCUAAUAGUGGGGAGUACCACUGCAAAGCCAAGAGAGGCAAAGGCCCAUUCUACACAGAGGGGAGUAAAACAACACUUCUGCUGGUCUCUGAGAAAAAGCCUAAGCCCCUGAUGACUCAAAAGCCAGAUGUUGACACGGUGUACAUGGGAGAGUCAGUGUCCUUCGAAUGUAAAGUUGGAAUCUCGUCUGGUUGGGAGUAUCUCUGGUACAAAGAUGGAAAAGCACUCCUUCACAACGGGAGUAGUUUUAACAUCCGUGAUGCCAGUUCAUCGGACAGUGGGACUUAUGAGUGCAUGGCCAAAAGAGAAGAAUCAAUGUACCAUGGAGAGCGCAGUGAUAGACGGAUCUUACAAAUAUCUGAAAUUCCUGUUCCAACUUUGAAGCCAAUGACCCAGUGGUUGGAUGUGUUCCCCACUGAGAGUGUGAAGUUGAGCUGUGGGAUGCAACGCGGCUCUGACUGGAUAUAUAUGUGGUACAAAGACGGACAGAAGGUCCAGGCUGAUAAUACUGUGUCUUUUGACUUGAAUGGAGCUACUCUUUCCAUCAGUUCUGCUUCAGCUAAACAUGCAGGACAAUAUCACUGUAAGGGACACCUCCAGGACAGGUCUGUCAGCAGCAGUGCUAGUUCUGAACUUACUCUCACAGUGUAUGAUAAAAUACCCAGUGUCACACUGACACAGGAUCCAGAGUACAACGUGAUGUUCCCUGGGGAAUCGGUCUCCUUCAGCUGUCACAUUAAUGUCUCCUCUGGAUGGGAGUACGUGUGGUACAAAGAUGGCAAUCAACCUAAUGUAUCUGGAAACAUGUUUUCAAUCAACUCUGUUGGGAAAAAAAAUGGGGGGUCAUAUACAUGCAAAGCAAGAAGAGGCGGAAAUCAAUUCUUCUUCAGUCAGGUUAUGCACGUCGAAGUUAAAGAGAAAAAGCCUAAGCCCCUGAUGACUCAAAAGCCAGAUGUUGACACGCUGUACAUUGGAGAGUCAGUGUCUUUCGAAUGUAAAGUUGAAAUCUCGUCUGGUUGGGAGUAUCUCUGGUACAAAGAUGGAAAAGCACUCCUUCACAUCGGGAGUAGUUUUAACAUCCGUGAUGCCAGUUCAUCGGACAGUGGGACUUAUGAGUGCAUGGCCAAAAGAGACAAAUCAAUGUACCAUGCAGAGCGCAGUGAUAGACGGAUCUUACAAAUAUCUGAAAUUCCUGUUCCAUCUUUAAAGCAAAUGACCCAGUGGUUGGAUGUGUUCCCCACUGAGAGUGUGAAGUUGAGCUGUGGGAUGCAACGCGGCUCUGACUGGAUAUAUAUGUGGUACAAAGACGGACAGAAGGUCCAGGCUGAUAAUACUGUGUCUUUUGACUUGAAUGGAGCUACUCUUUCAAUCAGUUCUGCUUCAGCCUCAUAUCGUGGACAAUACAGCUGCUUAGGGAAACUCAAGAGCAGGCCUGUCACCAGCAAUCCCAGUUCUGAACUAACACUCAGUGUUUAUGAUACAAAACCCAGAGUCACACUGAUGCAGAAUCCCGAGCACAAUGUGAUGUACACUGAAGAUUCAGUUUCCUUCAGCUGUCACAUUAAUGUCUCUUCUGGAUGGGAGUACCUGUGGUACAAAGAUGGCAAUCAACUCACCGAAUCAGGAAACAAUCUUAACAUCAGUUUAGCUGAGACAACAAACACUGGAUUAUAUAAAUGCCAAGUUAAAAGAGGAGUGGAUACAUUCAUCCAGUCAGACCAGAGUCAGGCUCUUAGGCUCAACAUUCAAGAGCGCCCAAAGGCUCAUAUAAUCCUAUUAACUGGCUGGUCUGAGGUCUUCGCCACAGACAGCUUGGUGCUCAGAUGUGAGGUGCAGGAAAGCAAUGAUAAGUGGAACUACACAUGGUUCAAAGAGGAACAACCACUGAAUCUGCUGCCCUCUGAGAGACAUAUAGUCACACCCCAUGAUGACCCAGAGCAGAGCCUUUACACCUGCCAUGGCAUUCGCAGUGGGAGACCAUCUUAUUCAAAACGCAGUGAUUCUUUCAGGACCAAGAACCUUCUUUUGAAGAGGAGGGUGCUUCUUUCCAUCUCUGGCUGUCUCUUCUUUGGCCUCGUUGCCACCUUCCUCGGAUGCAUUAUCCUCAGAGUCAUCCGCAAACCAGCUGGUGAUGAAGACAAGCCAGAAGAGGACAACCUGUUUCUCACCAUGGCUCAGCUAAAGAGCCGCGCUGAUGCACCCUGUCCACUGGUUGAGUACAUCACCGAUACAACGCUGAAUGCACCAUCUAAAGAAGGGGAUGAGAAUGGCACGAUUUGCUGUGAAACAACACCACUAACCACACAGGAGGACCAAGCUGUGACGACUGAAAGCCAUGAUGCAGAAGAAAGCAACGGUGGGCUGGUUUCCUUCAAACAAUGAGUCACUGAGUAUGUAUUCACAUCCUGGUAGCAGAUAAUCAUCAAAAGACUGAAUGUCUAUAGACUUAUUACAGCCUUUUGAGGCUUUAAUGGUUGUUACACACCAGUAAACAAAACUUUUGAACAUAUGAAAACUGGAGAGACAGUUUCGCUAUUGUGCAAUGCUUAUCACUAGUGGGGAAAAAAGAAGAGGUCAAGUUUGGCCAAAGAGUAGCACUGGAUGGAGGCCAAACUCUGUACGGUGGCCAUCAUGGGACAUCUAAGAAUCAGCUUGUCUGGCUCAGCUCUACAUAGUCAGACUUUCAUUCUCAGUUGUGCUUCAACCUGAGAGCUAACAUUCUGAGGUUCACUAUGUUAGUAUCAUUCUUAAAGUACACUUGAGGAUCAUUGAGGUCAUUUUAAAGGAUGAGUUUUAAAGGUCAUUGGAUUUAGAGGCACUUUGUCAUAAACUGUGUGGACAGGUGGACAUUUUGACUUGCCUGCAAUGUUAAAUAAAAGUCGAGUAAAUUCAUUAGGAUUCAUCCUCUUAGGACAGUGUUGGUACCAUAUUUCAUGGAAAUUCAUCAAACAGUUGAUGAGAUACUACACUCUGGAGCAAUGGACAAAUCGUCAUUGCAAUAUAACUGUGUAUAGAUUUGUUCCCCAUAUAUUACUGUCCUUGGUUGCACGGUACUGGUGGUAAUUGUAAAUUUUUUAUAUAUAUUUUUAUAAUUGACAUCAGUGUAUUGAUGAACUGACUGUCAAAGGCACUGUUAAAACAUGAAACAUUAUUUUUUUGAUAAGCAUCAAUCACAUACACUGUUAAAUUUCAAAUAUUUUAUGCAC